AUGUAUAUGCUAUUCAUGGGCGUCAGUGCCUUGAUAUAUGGUCCGCUGGGAACCACUUACGGCCGUCGGUACCCCUUGGUCGUCGCCUGCAUAACUUUCACGGCAUUUAGCGCAGGCAAUGCGUUGGCACCAAACCUCGCCGCUUUCUUUGUCUUUCGUAUCCUAACCGCUAUCCAAGGCACGUGCUUUUUAAUAGUAGGCGCUACAGUUUUGGGUGACAUCUACCGGCCUGUCGAACGAGGGACCGCAUAUGGAUGGUUCUUGAGUGGUACACUCAUCGGCCCGGCUCUGGGACCCUUCUUUGGAGGAGUGAUUGUGACAUAUGCGUCUUGGAGAGGUAUUUUCUGGCUUCAGACAGCGCUGGCAGGUGCUAGCGGUCUCGGGGUGUUCUUCUUCGUGCCAGAAACCAUCCACAAGAAACGCAGCGAUGAGCUGAAAGGUCUGUCCCGGAAAGAAAAAGCAAGGAAGAUCUGGCACUGGGUGAACCCUUGGCAUGUCGUUGUCCAUUUUCGAUACCCGAACAUCUUGGUCGUUGGCCUGGCGGCCAGCAGUCUGGUCUGGAACAUGUAUUCGCUGCUCACUCCCAUCCGAGCAGUCUUGAACCCUCGCUUCGGGCUUGAGUCGCCGCUGCAAAGCGGGCUCUUUUACAUCGCUCCAGGAGCCGGAUAUCUCGUCGGAACCUUCGGCGGUGGCCGGUGGGCGGACCACGUGGUAAAGAAGUACAUCAGGAAGCGUGGCAGUCGUGUACCCGAGGACCGCUUACGAAGUUGCGUCAUCGCAAUGGGCGUUGUGAUUCCGGGGUGCAUGCUCAUCUACGGGUGGUCUAUCCAGAAGCGUGUGGGCGGCAUUCCCUUGCCGGUGAUAUGCAUGUUUGUCCAGGGUGUCGCUCAAUUGUUCUGCUUUCCCUCGCUGAACACUUAUUGUCUGGACGUGAUGCAGAAACGCAGCUCAGAGGUCAUGGCUGGUAAUUACGUGAUUCGCUACAUAUUCGCCGCUGCCGGAUCAGCGACUUGUCUUCCAAUCAUCGAAAGGAUCGGAAUCGGUUGGUUUAGUACCAUUUCCGCAUUGUUCCUCGUCGUGAUGGCCGUGGCGACCUGGAUGACGGCACAGUACGGCAGCUCGUGGCGUGAGCGUAUUGAUAAGGACUCUUCUGAAGAAGAAUGA